ACGCCCCCGUGGUCUGAGGGAGGAGGCCACAGCUGGGUGGCCCAGCGGCCUGAGAACUAACGGGGAUUGCAGUGAAAACACACCUACAUCCCGAAUGAGCCAGAUUUUCUGCGCCUCCCAAAAGAGACAGAGAUUGUAACUCCAUCUCUGUGUCCCGAACUGAGGAGAUAAACGUAGUGAGGACACUCCCUUCUUCCGAAGUGGAAAGGAGGCCCCGGUGGCCUAACAGGAAAAGGGGACUACAGUCAGGACACAUCUAUGGGGAGGAAGCUGUAGUCGUUACACUCCUCUGAGUCUAGGAAGGAAGUCAAAACUGGUCGCCUUCGUGGCCUGAAGGUGGAGGGGGUUGCAGGGAAAUGCUUCCCAGGCUCAGCGCUGGGCGGGGCUUACCCUCGAGGGUGUCGGCGAUUUGAGAAGCCGGCCUCUGUAGCGAGAAAAGUGGGGUCUAAAAGUUGGUUUUAAUUGGUUGCCCACAGGAUUGACUUGGCCUCUACUUCUUGUUAAGAAAAUACAUCUCUUGUUUUAUCAGGUGUGUGUGGUUUCAGCGCAGCAUGGCUGUGGUCAUCCGUUUGCAAGGUCUCCCAAUUGUGGCGGGGACCAUGGACAUUCGCCACUUCUUCUCUGGAUUGACCAUCCCUGAUGGGGGCGUGCAUAUUGUAGGGGGUGAACUGGGUGAGGCUUUCAUCGUUUUUGCCACUGAUGAAGAUGCAAGGCUUGGUAUGAUGCGCACAGGUGGUACAAUUAAAGGGUCAAAAGUAACACUUUUGUUGAGUAGUAAAACGGAAAUGCAGAAUAUGAUUGAACUGAGUCGUAGGCGUUUUGAAACUGCCAACUUAGAUAUACCACCAGCAAAUGCUAGUAGAUCAGGACCGCCACCUAGCUCAGGAAUGGGUGGCAGGGUAAACUUGCCUACAACAGUACCUAACUUUAAUAAUCCUUCACCCAGUGUAGUUACUGCCGCUACAUCGGUUCAUGAAAGCAACAAAAACAUACAGACAUUUUCCACAGCCAGCAUAGGAACGGCUCCUCCAAAUAUGGGGGCUUCUUUUGGGAGCCCAACGUUUAGCUCAACCAUUCCAAGCACAGCGUCUCCAAUGAACACAGUCCCACCACCACCAAUUCCUCCAAUCCCAGCGAUGCCAUCUUUGCCACCAAUGCCGUCCAUUCCCCCAAUACCAGUUCCUCCUCCGGUACCUACAUUGCCUCCUGUGCCUCCUGUGCCCCCAAUCCCCCCAGUCCCUUCUGUGCCACCCAUGACCCCACUGCCACCCAUGUCAGGCAUGCCACCCUUGAACCCGCCACCUGUGGCCCCUCUACCUGCUGGAAUGAAUGGCUCUGGAGCACCUAUGAAUCUGAACAAUAACCUGAACCCUGUGUUUCUGGGUCCAUUGAAUCCUGUUAACCCUAUCCAGAUGAACUCUCAAAGCAGUGUGAAACCACUUCCCAUCAACCCCGAUGAUCUGUAUGUCAGUGUACAUGGUAUGCCCUUUUCUGCAAUGGAAAAUGAUGUCAGAGAUUUUUUCCAUGGGCUCCGUGUUGAUGCAGUGCAUUUGUUGAAAGAUCAUGUAGGUCGAAAUAAUGGGAACGGAUUGGUUAAAUUUCUCUCCCCUCAAGAUACAUUUGAAGCUUUGAAAAGAAACAGAAUGCUGAUGAUUCAACGCUAUGUGGAAGUUAGUCCUGCCACAGAGAGACAGUGGGUAGCUGCUGGAGGCCAUAUCACUUUUAAGCAAAGUAUAGGACCUUCUGGACAAACCCAUCCCCCACCUCAGACACUUCCCAGGUCAAAAUCGCCCAGUGGGCAGAAAAGGUCGAGGUCAAGAUCACCACAUGAGGCUGGUUUUUGUGUUUACUUGAAAGGGCUACCAUUUGAAGCAGAAAACAAACAUGUCAUUGAUUUUUUUAAAAAGUUGGAUAUUGUGGAAGAUAGUAUUUAUAUCGCUUAUGGACCCAAUGGGAAAGCAACUGGUGAAGGCUUCGUAGAAUUCAGAAAUGAGGCUGACUAUAAGGCUGCUCUGUGUCGUCAUAAACAAUACAUGGGCAAUCGCUUUAUUCAAGUUCAUCCAAUUACUAAGAAAGGUAUGCUAGAAAAGAUAGAUAUGAUUCGUAAAAGACUGCAGAACUUCAGCUAUGACCAGAGGGAAAUGAUGUUAAAUCCGGAGGGGGAUGUCAGCUCUGCCAAAGUCUGUGCUCACAUAACAAAUAUUCCAUUCAGCAUUACCAAGAUGGAUGUUCUUCAGUUCCUAGAAGGAAUCCCAGUGGAUGAAAAUGCUGUACAUGUUCUUGUUGAUAACAAUGGGCAAGGUCUAGGACAGGCAUUGGUUCAGUUUAAAAAUGAAGAUGAUGCACGUAAGUCUGAACGCUUACACCGUAAAAAACUUAACGGGAGAGAAGCUUUUGUUCAUGUAGUUACUCUAGAAGAUAUGAGAGAAAUUGAGAAAAAUCCCCCUGCCCAAGGAAAAAAAGGGUUAAAGAUACCUGUGCCAGGUAAUCCUGCAGUUCCAGGAGUGCCCAGUGUGGGAAUGCCCAAUGCGGGAAUGCCUAAUGCGGGAAUGCCCAGUACAGGAAUGCCCGGUACGGGAAUGCCCGGUGCGGGAAUGCCUGGUGCCGGAAUGCCCGGUGCUGGAAUGCCUGGUGCCGGAAUGCCCGGUGCCGGAAUGCCUGGUGCGGGAAUGCCCGGUGGAGGAAUGCCUGGUGCAGGAGGUGAAGAACAUGCCUUCCUGACUGUAGGAUCUAAGGAGGCCAACAAUGGGCCUCCAUUUAACUUUCCUGGUAAUUUUGGCGGGUCGAAUGCCUUUGGGCCACCACUCCCUCCUCCAGGAUUAGGAGGGGCCUUUGGUGAUGCUAGGCCUGGUAUGCCUUCAGUUGGAAAUAGUGGUUUGCCUGGUCUAGGACUGGAUGUUCCAGGUUUUGGAGGUGGACCAAAUAAUUUAAGUGGGCCAGGAUUUGCAGGAGGCCCUCAGAAUUUUGGAAAUGGCCCUGGUAGUUUAGGUGGCCCCCCAGGUUUUGGAAGUGGCCCUCCUGGUCUUGGAAGUGCACCUGGGCAUUUGAGUGGGCCGCCAGCCUUUGGGCCUGGCCCUGGGCCUGGGCCUGGCCCAAUUCACAUUGGUGGACCCCCUGGCUUUGGAUCUAGUUCUGGAAAACCAGGACCAACAGUAAUUAAAGUGCAGAAUAUGCCCUUUACUGUGUCUAUUGAUGAGAUUUUAGAUUUCUUUUAUGGCUAUCAAGUGAUCCCAGGCUCAGUGUGUUUAAAAUACAAUGAAAAAGGUAUGCCCACAGGCGAAGCCAUGGUGGCCUUUGAAUCUCGGGAUGAAGCCACAGCUGCUGUCAUUGACUUAAAUGACAGACCUAUAGGUUCAAGGAAAGUAAAACUUGUCUUAGGGUAGCUGUUCACAUCAAUUCUUUAUAGGGUAGGUCUUCAUAGUGCUGUGAUUAAUGCAUCCAGAUUGUUUUCCUAGUAUUUCCAGGUUAGAACCUGUGGAUUGUUUCAAUUGCAUAUAGAUUGGUUUCUAUAACAUAGAGCAUUGGUUGACUGUUUACAGAAGAUUCACUACCAGUAUAAAUAUUGCUGUAUGUUACAGUAAAGCUAUCUGGAGAGAACACAAAAAUGAUUUUGGCAUACCAUUAGAGAAACCAUUUGUAAAACACAAAUGACCAUAUAAAGCUUAUCAAGGAGUCUCUAGAUUGGUUUUGUUUUAUAUCUUAUGAGAUGAAGAAAAUAGAAAUGUCAAUAGAGCUCAUUAAGGGUGCUCUUGCCAGCUGCUGAAAAAUAGAAGUUGGCUACUCUUGGAAUUUGGUUUAAAGCUGGACAGAUUUGCUUUGUUAUAGGGUCAAAGCUUUGUCUAAAGUCCUCAUUUUCUUUUAAAAUUGAAUAAAAUCUCUGUAUACAGAUUCACUGUAUGUACCUUUAUUGCUUCUUGAGGGUUCUUGCUGUAUAGACAGUCCUGCUUUGAAGUUGCUGCUUUUUUGUUUGCCUAAUUGACUCAUUUGUAAAUGAGCAGAACUGUUCUUGUUGUUGUUGUUUUAAUAUAAAACUCCACACUUGGUUUGUGCUAUAACCUUGAACUUUGAUUUCUAAUGUCACACUUAAAACUGUGUGAAAUAAGUACUUUUGCCACAAAAAUAAAAUAUGGAGUCCUCUACCUACCAGAGCCUUUUUGGUUUGACCGCCACGUUUUAGUUUAGUCAGUUUAAAAAUUGUUCAUGUUGUUUGGAUGGCAUCAAAAACCCGAAACCACUUGUAAUAAUCAUUGCUUAAGAUGCUGGAUUUGAAGUCCUCUCCAUGAUGGACUGAUAUUCUGGCAAUUUUGUUCUGUCCCAAAUUUGUGUGAAAUUUUGGCCUGUAACUAAACAAAGAGGGUCCAUUUAUAAGAAAGAGCAUUAUUAUAUCUAGUUUUGUUUUUUUUUUAACUGAAGUUGAAAUUGUUAGCUUUGUUAGCAAUAGUGUUACAGAAUAAAAGAUCCAUAAGCGGUUCCAUAGAUGUGCAUUUAAUCCUGUUACUUUGGGGGCUUUUUGGUCUAGUUGUUUGAUCAGGAGCCUAUUUAUAAAAAUUCUUCAUAAGGAGUACAAGUGCAGCUGCCAGAGGGGAGAGAAGUGAGACUCUUUGCCCUUUUCAUACUCUUUUCUUUGGCAUUCAGGACACUAAGGCAGGAGGACCACAUGGGUUCUGGUUGGUAAGUGUCCUUGUCAUGAAAACAUUUGCCUUACAACAUCCUGCUCACUGAUACAAAAGGCUCUACUUAUGGUUACUUUCCUUCUUAGUUAAAAUGUUCUAAAGAUGUGUCACAUUAUAUUAUAAACAUAUGGAAUGGGAGAUUGGUGAGAUACCAUGAAAAACAAAUUUUGUCUUACUUGGGCCUCUGUCUUGGUUUGAAACAUUCCCAACAUUUCCUGCAAAUCAAUGUACUUACAAAGGGGUCAGCCUUUUAAAAGAAGUAUUUCCUGUUUAAAAAAAAAAAAAUAGUGCCUUUUUGGUGUUGCAAGUCAGUGGAACACUGAAAUACAGAGUCUCGUAUAAUUUAGAGUUAAGAGUGGUAACAGUUUCAUUUGUGUGAUAAGAUUUGGAGAGACUUUUCAUCACUACAAUCUUAGAGGAUUGACAGUACAGGAUUUUUUGUUUAGGGAGAGGAUUAUUUAGACUUUCAAAGAAGACAUGGCUGUGUUGUGGGUCUUUUGACAAUUCAUGAAUGCAUAUUCGCUUUGACAGAUCACUAGAUAUUGCCUCCUCAACUAAAAAAGCAAUAUGAUGUUUAUAUAUGCUGUUCAAUUUAAGUUUUCUAUUAAGUAAUCAUUUCUCAUUCCAAAGACCAAGUGCAGAAAACUUCAGCGCUGCUUGGGAGUCUUAUUUCAACUGCAGUUUAUUUUCCCCAUUGGAGAGCUGACUAUUUUCAUUUUAGAAAAAUGGGUUGUUUGAAGAUGAAAGCCUUUUAUCUUUUUUCCACAGUUUAUUUUGGUUAUAUGUUCGUACAAUCUUAUUAAAUAUUUCAUAUACUUUAUUGCAACUACUUUGUUAUUUCUACAUCUUAGAUAAAUGCUAAAAAGGAAAACUUGAUUUCAUUGUUCAUCAAAUUAAAUAAAUUAAGAAAAUAGUGGUUUGUGUAGAAAUUGGAGAGAACUGUGUUUCAUAUUUGGUUGAGUCACAACAGUGCUUCUCGUUGUGAAAUGUAAUUAAAUGCUUUGCCCUCUGGAACUUGAUUUUUGUGUAUCUGAGACUUAUUAAUAUAGUGCUAACUGCUAAGCAUACUGUUCAUCUUGUUCUGGGCAUUGGAGUUUGAGUUUUAAAAAAUUCUUGAAAAUAUGCUCUGUGAAAUUAUUCAUACCUCUCUUCCUGCAAAUUUUCUCAUAACUAGGUUUGGGGUAAAAAUGAAUUUCUUUCUCAUUUGCUUUGUAUGGUAUGAAGGAUUUGUAAAGCUUUGCUUAAAGUUGUGUGCAUUUGUAAACACUAUCAUGAUAUUUUCAAUUUUCUGUGUAAAUUUUGUCUGUUUUUGGUGACAUGAACGGAAGAGAAUCUUUUCCUUUAGGAUUAAUUCCCUCCUCACCCCCUUGCUGGGUGUUUUGGUUUUUUUAGUUUAAAGGAUUAGAGAAAUCUACAAAAUGUAUUUUAUAAAUAAGCAAUUUUGUAAACUUUUUCUGAACUCGGGUGAAACGUUUAGUUCACAAGCAAAAUUUGGAGGUGUACUCUGUGUUUAAUACUGUAGUUUGGAUGUAUAAUUAUUAGUGGGGUUUUUUUUUUGUUUUGUUUUGUUUUUUUAACGCAACACUGUUCAGUGAAAUGUAGUUCCUAGCUUUGUGCUCCAAGUUGUCAAAGCAUCAACCGUGAAAAUUGCAUUAGGAAACUUUUUAUUCACAAUUUCAGAGAGUAAUGUUCAGUGUAAUUAGGUCAGUCUUAACACACUGGAUGAAAAUCUAGGGCCGUGUAUGUACGUAAGCAAAUAUACCUUGGAUAAAAUAAGGAUCCAUGAAAGCCUUAAUCAAACUCAAAGUCCUUUUUAUUGGAUUCUGUCAUUGUGUACAGGCGUGGGUCAAGCGUUUAAAAAUAAAUCCACUCAUCAAUUUCAAGAACAUUUAAAAAUGAGUAAAGAAACUGUAAAGUUGCUGCUAGUUAAAUCUUCUGUAAGAAUUCCUGGCAGUGAUCACUUUUAAAACUUUCCCACUCUUGCAAAAUUACCACAUUUAAGUAGUUUUACCGGCAGUUCUACAGUAGUCCAAGCUUUAGAAACCAAACACAAUAAAACGAUUCAUUGCCAGUAUAGCCACAACAUUGCCAGCAAAUACUGCCUUGGCAUCAUUCAGCAGAGGUUUUUGUUUAUAAAGAUGAAGUCUUGAAUACUGUUCAAUAAACUUGUCACAAAAUAAAAGAGGCUGAUGCUUUUAAUGCUUUACACAAGAGUACUCUAUUGAGCUAUACCAUCAGGGUUUUUUGUUUAUUUGUUUUGUUUUGUUUUUAACUCCUACAAAUACUUUGUGCCUUUGGAAAGAUGGAUUUGGUGAUCUUGGAGGUAACCAUUGUUGCUUAUCCUUGUCUGCUAAUGCUGAAGUGUGGAAAGAAGAUACCUGGAACGGCAGGGAGGAAACUUGAUUCUAGGUCAAAUCUGUGGUAUCCACCUUUUCAGACUUUUAUCUUAUGUGCUUUGCUAGCAAGCCACUUCGUUAUGUGGACUCAAAGUAUGAGAAACCAGAUCUUCUUUUUACAGAGGGAGUCUUAAAGGGGGCUGUGAAUUGUCUUUUUAAAAAACUGAUUAAGAAAUGGAAAAAGAAAUCUUCAGAAUGCAUUGUCAGUUGCACAUACUUCUAAAGCUUUUUCUUUUUUGUUUACUUAUUCUUGUAUUAGUAUGUGAGGUGUUUUGAGGUGUGGGAGAGGAAUCAAAAAUACUGCUGCUUUCUGACAUUGAUGCUCUGGUUUUGUCCCUUCCACAUUUUGUUCAACUGCUAAAAAAAAUUAGCAAAUGAAAAGUUUCCAUAAACUCCAGAGGCCUUAAAAAAAUCUGAAUUGGAGUUGCAGAUAAACUAGUGGGCUAUUCCUUUUAACCAAGGCUCUUGAAUAAUAUAACUUUUACCUUUAUCACGAAAGUUUUUAGUCUGUUUUGAGUUUCAAUACUGAAGUUGUUUUAGAGGGGUUUAGACUUAAACAUACUUAAUUCCAGGUGGUUGCUGAACUGUUCUAAAAUUAUGAAGGUUUGACUAAGCAUUUGAAAAAUCACAGGGUGAAAUCAGCUGCCUACAGAUACCCAGGAUGGCCCUUACCAUCUUAAAGGGAUAGACCGUAUGCUAAUAAUACAUUUCGUUUUCUUGUUCAGGAGAGAGCCCUCAUUUUGACUCAUUGUUGUCUGCUUUCCAGUGUUUUACAGCAAGAAGUGGUUUAGCAGUUUGUGCAUCACCACCAUUCUCCUUACCCCCCAAAAGUAAAGCUUUUAUGGGAUAUGAGAAUCCGAAUCUAAGAAUACUCUUUUUAAUUAAAAAAUUGCUUGGUGUCAGUUUUGUCUUUUUAGUAUAAAAUCUGAUAGAUUGCAUUGACUUAUCUAAAAUGUUCUGGAAAGAGUAUACUCUGGUGGUGGCACAAUUCUUUGAUGCUAUAGUGACUUUUCUGGAAAAACCCUUCUGUUUGUACCUGUUCAUGUAAAUGUUAAUUCUUUACUGUGCUUCCUGGAUUUAUUCUUGUUGCCUUGAGCUACUUUAUGCCAGAUGAUCUCAGAAGCUUCUUAGAAUAUGGCUCCUUUUCUGGAUCAACGUAACUAACAAUGAGCAACUAAGGUGGCACUGCUUUUCUACAUAUUGCUCUACUACUGAAGAGUACAGAAGGGGCAAAAAAAUAAAGCCACUUGAUGAAAGCAUUCUAGCCCCAGGGGCAGAAAUCUGGUGGCAGGAAAUAGUGCUGAGGCAAAUCUCAUUAGCUGUUAAUCUUUGAAUUCUUUUAAGAGGCCCAGGAACCUUUCCCUAGUGAAAAUGUUGAUACUUAAAUCAUAGAUACUAAGAAAAGUUGUAGAGAAGUGGCUAAAUGACACAACAGACAUUGGAAUUGGCAUCCCAGCUGAACCAGACAUCUGGAUUCUGAUUUUAGUAACUUAAUAUUUCAAGUCAUUUUUCCCAGUCAGCCAAAGGCUGUUUCAUGUUGAGAGAAGGAGGAGGUGACUAUUUGGGGAAAAUAGAGGUAUGACCAGCAGUGGAACAUAAUUCAGUAUGGACAGAGUCAGAUGUUGAAGAAUUGUAACACUCCCAGGAGUAAGCUGUGCUAUAUUCAAACAGGCUGCCCUUAGUGUUUGAUUCUCUCUACAUUCUGAUACUGCCCGUUUCCCGCCUUUUACCUGCUUACAAUACUAAGUCUGCUGGUAACCAGGGCCAUGAGUUUCUCACUGCUAUCUCUGUAGUCUAGACUCUUAAUGGUGGGGGGGUUGGGGGGGGGAGAUGUGACCUCACUCACCAUCUUCAUAAAUAAGAUUUGUCAUUUAAGCAUUUGUGCUACAUACCAAAUGUAACAACCACAUGUGCUACCAUAAGUCACUUGUUAGUCCUUGCAGAGUGGGGAAGGCUUAAGGGUAAAGAAAUUCAGCUACUUUAUUAAGGGGUCUUAAAUCAUACUAACUGGUGCUGUUGCUGAUUUCAUUUUCCUUUCGUUCCACUUGGAAGUGAGUUAAUGCCAUCCUCCACUACACUCCCCCACAUAGAGUGUUGCUGUACAGAGAUGGUCAUGUCCUUUAUACAGAACUCUUUCUGUGGUGUGGGCCUAUGGGACCAUCAGGGUCCCUCUGCUAUAAAUCUGGCUAAAGUGGAAAGACUAAUGCAGCUCUUUCUGAAGUAGAUGCUUCCAGUUACCUUGCUUUGAUGAUCAUUGAAUUGACAGGUUGGAAUUGGAAAUGUCUUUUGCCUCUAAGCUUUUAAGACCGUUUCACAUGGAUAAUCAGCUUAGCCCUAGCAGUAACCCAUGCUGACUAAAUUUUUUGAGCAGUCUUAUGCGCCCAGUACUUCCAUGCUGUGGUAGAAAAGGAAGCAAAAUAAAAUGCCUGUUCUUAAAGACCUAAGGUCUUAAAUUAUACAAGUAAGUGCUCCAUUGUACUUGUGCAUGUACAGGGUACACUCAUGUCCCACAGGAAAUGGAUAAAGGGUUUCCUGGCCAGUUGCUAAAUGGUCAGACAGAACAAGUGUAAUGGAAGCCUUGUGUGUAAGCUGAGGGAAGGCAUGAUCUCUAACCAAGGUUCUUGGGGACGUAAUGUUAAUUUAGUAAAAUGAAAUGAUUAAUUGUGUGCGGGAACACAGUGGCACUACCUAAAAUGGUAUUUGUUCUGGAGGCUCUUAAAAUUGUUCCAUAACAGUGUAGCCUGAGUGGUGUGAUUGAGCUGAAUGGUGAGUAAGGCAGGCAGGUAAGGGUUGGUUCUAGGAAUGUCCUGACCUAGCAGAGAGAUAGAAUCUUGUCUUUUUAAUGACCUUUUGACUAGCUGCCGUAUACCACUUCUUAUAAACAAAUGGCCUAAUAAGAUAUUCAUAAAUGGUCCAGAAUUAAGUGAAUUCCUCCAUCAAUUUAACCAGUUGUAUAUAGUUGACUAUCUGAAAUUCAUUUGGUAGUUUUAGCUUUUCUGAAUGAGAUGUCCACUACUUUGUUCUUGUUAUUCCAGAUCAGCACUGUCCAGUAGAGUUUUGUCCAGUGGAAAUGUUCUCAUCUGCAUUCAUAUGCUGAUUAUUAGCCACUGUAGUAGCUACUAUUUUUUUUUUAAAGUUUAUUUAUUUUGAGAGAAAGGGAGAGUGAAUUCCAAGUAGGCUCCACUGACAGUGCAGAGCCAGACAUGGGGCUCCAUCCCACCAACCAUGAGAUUAUGACCUGAGCUGAAAUCAAGAGUUGGACCUUUUAACUGACUGAGCCACCCAGGUGCCCCUGUAGUAGCUACUAUUAAAUUUAAUAAGCCACAUGUGGCUAGUGGCUACCGUAUCAAACAGCACAAUUCUAGGUUCACAGAACAACAGAAAAUUUGCUUUUCCAUGUCUGAUCUUUGGAGAUUCCCCAUGUUAGGCAACACUGUCCAAUAGAAAUAAGAGUCACUUAUGCUAUUUAAAUUUUUCUAGUAGCCACGAAAAAGAAAAAAACAAAAACAA